AUGUCUGGGACAGGUGAAAUUUCCGGUGAGGGCAAAAGCUUUGAUUGCGACUUCAGUCUCCUCGACCUUGAAAGCCGCCUUAAGUUUCGCGGUAACUUCGACCAAAGCUUUGAAAGAUGGCAGUCGGAUCAAUGUUUGCUCAAAUAUGAGAAUUUCCAUGAACUUGUUGGCACCUACGUCAUUGACACCGAGGGAGCGCCAUCAUAUAUCGGCGAUGGGGAUCUACGCCUCUUGUUUGUAAACCACGCUGGCGAUACAUUUGAGAUCAUGGGUUCUCUCAAGGAUCCCAUCUCUGAGAGGGCCACCGUCACCGGUCAGGGAGUCUGGAUCAAAGGGAGCCUGGAUUAA